AUCAGCGCAAAUUAUUACACUGCGGCCUUUUGGAAAUUUCAUGGAAUAUACAUGAAAUUUGCUUGUUAACCCCAACAAAAGAUAAAAUUAGAAUAUUGACAACAGAUAAAAGUAGGCAUUGACAAUAUGCUAAAAUACAGAUAAUAAAAAUUGUUUAGAUCACAUUUCGCUAAUUUUUGCGAAAUUGUGAAAUAAUUAAGAUGUCUCAUAUAUAAAUAUGUAAUCUAGCACGAAGAAGUACGAAGUGUUACAUAUAGAUUCUAAAUGUCCUGUAACUCCUGUGACCCUAUAAAGAACCCAUGUCCCAUAACUUGUCCCAAAGUCAGGAAGGACCUUCGCGAUGCAAUCGCGGAAUAUCCUAAUGUGACGGACGGGAUUUUUCCGCGGAAGAAGAACAAUGUGGAACCGCGACUUCCGUUAAAUAUUAUUCAGGAACCAACCGUCAUCCCACCAAAAAAGAUAACUGAUGACAUUAAAGAGAAAAUCCCACCAAAAAAGAUAACUGAUGACAUUAAAGAGAAAAUCCCACCAAAAAAGAUAACUGAUGACAUUAAAGAGAAAAUCGAUUUGAUCACAGAAGAAAAAUUAGACCAAGAACCUGUAACCGUUCCGAAGAAAACUGUUAUCCCGACAAAAAGAAUAGCAAAUCGCGAUGAUGAGAAAAUCAGUUUCGUUAAAGAGGAUUCUGUCGUUGAAAGAAUCGCAGUGGAGCCCAUAAAGGAAGUUCGAAUUGAGAAAUCUAAGAUUAUCGAAGGCAAAAUUGAGCGGGCGCCAGAGGCAGAGAUUAAAUUGGAACCAUCGCGGGAACUAGAAGAGCAUAAUUUCGAGCCAGAGGAGCCCAUAGAAUAUGAGGAAGAGGAGGAUAGCAAGACUGACUACGAGAAAUAUAUCGACGAGGAAUUACAGGACAGUCUACCCGCCGUAAUAACGAGGGAAAUUCCGGAGGAGCCGAGGGCGGUGCGUGAAAUUUCCAGGAAUGCGGCCACCUUGUACAAGAAAAUCGAUCGCGAAAGACCUGUCAGACCACCGACGGAGCGAGAAGCGGUGACCGCAAUGCCUGAGGAACGAGCUAGAGAACUGGCUAGGGAAGAAAUAUCUGCGAGACGAGCUCUUGAGAUAACAAAACAGAUCGUCCCGCGUGAGCGUGCAGUCGCGGAAGAUGUUUGCGAGGAAUCAUGUCCUUUAAAGGAGCAGAAAGAACGCAUUAUGCGCAAAUUGAAGAUACGGGAGCUGGUCGUAGAUCAUUAUUAUCUGAAGGGUUUCAGCUACUUCGAAGACGUAUGCACAUGCUCGUUGGCUUGCAUGGUGUAUACUUUGAGCAGGGAUCCAUUCGUAAAGAGCAUAUUCGCGUCUCUCGCAUUGUUCGCAGUUGGAUUGAAGUUGUGCUCCGAGCUGGAUGCGUGGGAGAUGCCGAGUCGCGUUUCAUAAGACCUAAAUAUCGAUAUCAGCCGACACGUAAUCUUCAUUUAAGCCUCUCGUAGAAUCGCAACCGGUUUGCAUUAAGAUUAAUGAGACACCGUUAAUCGCAUAAUGUACAAUAACUCGUUUAUUCAAUAUACACCUAUAUACAGUU